UCAUGGACGCAAAUCCCAGAAACCAAGAAAAUGACGACGAUGAAAAUAUGUAUGGAAUGAGAAAAAUUCUGUACCUGCAAAAAUACGGUGUUAAAAGUUUUCCUUACCGUGGAAGGCGUAGAUACACACCAUCGAUUUCCAAGCCUUUAAACGGAGAGAUUGUUAUAUCAAAUGACGUGUUCGGGCUGGCAAUCAGGCAGUUUGAACGAAUUUAUAAAAAAUGUUUAGAUAGAAGGAAAACUCAAGAACAGUGGAUACUAAAUCUUAGAUAUCCUGACAAAUCUUCAAAUGAAUAUCUGGAAUACUUACAGAAUUGCAUUUACUAUAAUAAAGAUAAAUUGCCUUGGCCAGGAAAUGCUCACAAGGACAAAUUCUUGUACGAACACCUAGUUAAUACAAUUGGUACCGAAUUGAUUAUACACAAUAGACAACGUCUAUAUAUCAUAAAUGAUAUGAUGGAGAAUUUAAUUUGUGAGUCUUAUAUGGCACAAAUAUCAAGCGGAAGUCAGGCAGAAGGACUGGAUCUACCAGGUAGUGACGCAGAUGUGAUGUAUCUUAUCAAUAACGUAGAAGUAAUUCAAAAUGUACAUAAUAUCAAACACCCAAUACAACAUAAUACACUGGUUAUGGAGUCAGAUAACGAUCACCCAGGAUUUACAAGACUUAGAUUGAUCAAACCAGGGGAAGAGGAAUAUGAGUUAUUCAUAUCUGAAUGCUGCGAAAGAACUACAAAUGGAUUAUAUUUAUCAGCAGAUAUAUUUCUUGAAAAGUUAAAGCAGAAAUUUGUAGAUUAUCAGCUAUCUUUACACGGCCCCUCUUUGUCCGAUAAAGAUCAUAAUUUUGACUUUGCAUUUUGCCUACGAAGUAAAAGUUUACCUUACAGUGCAAUUCCGUGGGUAAGGCGUCAUCGACACCAAUGGCCUCCUGAUUAUGUUAUUAACAAGAUUAAAAAAUACGGAUGUCUUUUAGUACCUAUAGGACCCAAGACUAUGUCAGAAAGUCGUUUAUUAUGGAGAUUGUCUUUCUCUUUGGCAGAAAAACAACUUGUACAUUCAUUUAAUUUCACUCAACUCUUAUGUUACGGUCUUCUAAAAUUAACAUUACAGCGCAUCAUUGAUACAAAUGUUGAUGUCAAAGAUUCAUUAUGCUCUUAUUUUCUGAAGACCGCUUUAUUCUGGGUCUCAGAGGAAGUGGAUAUUGAAAUAUUUCAAUUAGUUAGAUUGUUUUAUUGUUUUUCUCUCUGUCUUGAUAAAUUAAUGCUAUGGAUAAACAACUGUUACUGUCCGAACUAUUUUAUACCUAAAUAUAACAUGUUUCUAGGAAAAGUUGACCAAAGUAACAAUAAAACACUUCGGAGUGUAUUGAAUAGUAUAAAGUGUGGUGGAAUUGAUGGUUUGAUAAAUAAUUUAUUUCCGUCUGAGAGUGGAAAUCAUCGUUUAUUAAGAACAAAGAAUGAAACUUCGUUCAUUAUGUUAGACUUCUCUUUUUUGAAGAAUGGUGUAAACCUAAAACAUGCAACAAACCUUUUGCAUUGUCAUAAGUUACUGCAAUUUGCUGAACGUUUGUAAAUGACUGAAUCGUCUAAAUUUAUCAUUGAUAUAUGUAAAUAUUAUUAUGGCAUAAUCAGUCAACAUGCAGUACAAUGUCUACCACCACCAACAACACUUAGUAAAACUAACAACAUACACAAACAUUAUUUUAAACUUUUCCAAGACGGUAUUAGGACAGAUGCUGUGUCGGGUUGGUUGUUGUACGCGUCCUAUUAUUAUGUGACAGGAAAAUACAAUGUAACACUCAGACUGACCGAGUAUGUUUUGUCGAGAUGUAAUCAUGGUAUGGUGCAAAUAAACGGUGAUAUAUGUGAUGAAGAACACAUGAAUACUUAUAGACGAAAUGUAAAUUCCAAAACUUCAUUUAAGGAUAGGAUAAAAUUAACAAGUGUAGGCUGUGUAAGAUACAUGAGGCAUUCAUCAUUAAUACCAGAAGAACUACAGCUUGAGGUGGAAGAGGUGGGCAUUUAUAUACCACCAGUUGUUAUGUCGUAUUGUCUAAGAGUUUUAUGUUAUCAUCAUCUUGGUGAUAUGUUCAAAAGAAAACAGGCAUUACAUAAUUUACAUUUAACAGUGAGAGAUGACUAUUAUGUUACAUCAUAUGAUUUAUCUCAAUCAGAAACAAUACUAGGAGUAUGUUACGAGAUAUCAGGAAAUGAUUUCACUGCUUUUCAGUGUUAUUCCGAAGCUCUAGAUAAUGAUAAAUAUGUAUGUCGUACCGCAAAAGCAAGGAAAUCAAAAGCUUGUAUGGCUAUUCUGACACUUUUCGAAUAAGGGAAAUCAAGGAAAUCACGACAUGUUUUUAGAUCUAACAUAAAUUGUUAGGAUCAUUGAUUUUUGAAAAUGUUAUGUAAUAUCAGCAAUUAAGACCAAAGCAGGCCUCUUAAGUUUAAUAAUUUAAGAAAUAAAGUGGCUUAAUGGUGUA